UUUUUCUGCCCUGCAUCUCGCUGCUACCUAAGAUUCAAACCCGUCUGUGGGUUUAUUGACGGAAUUAGACAGGAAAAGAUAAAACGAUAAUUAGCAAACGAUUCUACCCUUUAUGUGCAAAUACAUUCACUGUUUCGUCAUUAAUGAAGUUAAACUAUAAUCUAGAUUUACCUGGAGUGGAAGGCCACGGAACUGAAGGUAUGAUUGACGGGUUUGGGACCCAAGAAGCUCGGUCCAGCGGAGAGCUAUGGUCUGAGAUCUGUUCGGGGCUGCCAUUGCAUACGACCGAGAAUGAAGAGCCAGCUGAGUUUAAGGAUUCUUUCCAACCGCAAUUGCAAGAGAGCUCGCAAGAAAACAAGUGGGAACCCAUGGAUGACUCCGACGUGUACAUCGCCAGCCUAGAAAACCGCCUAAGGAGGCUCAAGGGCCAGUCCCAGGAAGUGACCUCAAGGGAGAUGCUUCACACACUCUCUCAGGCCAAAAAGGAAUGCUGGGAUAGGUUCCUUUAUGGUGCACAAGGAUCUGAUCUUUUUCAAGAGGGUGGUGACAUUGAUGGGAGUGCUCUGGAGCAGCUGAAGAGGUGGCUGCAGCCAGAGAAAGUGGCAAUAAGUGCAGAGGAGCUGGAGCACCUCCUCCUUCCAGAGCAGAGUAGGGAGCACCUGGCCAAUGGAGGGGCAGAGAGGGUUCAAACUGAAGCAAAGGAUGAGGAGCCAGAAGAAGAGGAGAGCCAUGCACCUGAAAAAUAGGCCCACCAUGGAACCAAUGUGUAAGCAUCUUGUUUUAAAGUGCUACUCACCCCAUUUGUUACCUGCUACAUGAAAUAAGUACCAUUCAGGUGCUGUUUCUGUCCAGUCGCCAUAGUUUAUGUGACAAUAAGCUUAAGAAUUAGUUUGCCCUGUAAACUGGGACAAAGGAAAUAAAGAUGUCUACCUGGAAAUGUAAUGCGUUACAACUGCAAAGAUGGACCAUAGAUGUGCUGCAGAAAAGAUUGGCCUACAGUAGUGUGCAAAAAUGUAGGCACCCCUGGUCAAAAAGCCUUUUACAAUGAAUAUAAAAAUGAAUAUAAGCGAACCUGACCUCUAAAUGUUUCAGUGUAAUAAAAAUAAUAAAAAAUGAAAAAGGCCCUGUGCAAAAGUUUGGGAGCCCUGUCAGUUAGCACUUUGUAACUCAUCCUCGGGCAACAAUAACAGCUUGUAAAUGCUUCCUGUAGCCUCGAGUCUUUCGAUUCAAAUUUUUGGAAUUUUUCCCCAUUCUUCUUGGCAGAACGGGGAAACAUUCAUCAGCUUCCUUGCAUGCAUGGCAUGUUUGAGAUCUUUCCACAGAUUUUCAAUAAUAUUCAAGUCUGGGGACUGUGCUGGCCAUUCCAAAACCUUCACCGUCUUUCCCGGAGGUACUGGAGGUGAUUUUGUGGUAUGCUUUGGAUCAUUGUCUUGCUAGAAUACUCAGCCUCUCUUCAAUUUCAAUGUCUGGACUGGCCUUUGAACAUUAGCCUCUAGAAUUUCUUGAUAUUUUGUUGAAAUCUAUUCUUCCUUCCACUUGCACAAUAUUUCCUGUCCCCCCAGCUGCCACACAACCCCAAAUCAUAAUGGAUCCACCUCCGUGCUUCACAGUUGGCAAGGUUUUCUUUUCUACAGAGGCUUCACCCUUUUUUCAAACAUACCUUCUUUGGUGGUGGCCAAAAAACACAAUUUUGGUUUUGUCAGGUACCCUUCUCCUUUGUGUUGAGGUCGUUCUUUCUGGAAACUCUGCCAUGUAGGUCUUUGAUGUUUAAAGUACGUUUUAUUGUGGUCCUGUGAACAACUAGACCUGUGUUUGCUACUCUCUUUUGCAGCUCUUUUGCAGUAAUGUGUGGAUUCUUCUGAACAUUUCUCACCUUGGGCCAUUCUAUUUGAAAUCUUCCUUGGUCUUUCUUCCAGACCUUGCCUUUAGACUGUUCCAUUUAUCUUCCAUUUCCUAAUAAUGUUUAGGUAGUUUGAAACAUUGAGUGUUUUUGUAGCCUUCUCAUUCUUGGUGGUAAUGAACCAUCUUCAUUCUGAAAUCCUUGGACACCUGUGUAGAGGAAUCCAUGGUUGUUAACACCAGACAGAACAGCCACUGCAGUUGGAUACUUUUGAAGGUAUGGAGUUACUUCAGAAGUUAUGUUAUGAUUCUAUCACCUGGGCCUUAGUCAUCAUCUUUUUUAAAUGUAACAAAGAAUAAUCCAAAAAGGUUCCCAAACCUUUGCACAGGGCCCUUUUCCUUUUUUUAUUUGUAAACAUAAAAAAAUGAAAAUAAAAAGGAAUCUUGCUUUAAGAUAUGCAUAAAGGUCUCAUGUUUAACUCUUGUGUCAUUUAGAGUUCAGGUCUGCUUUUGAUCACAUACAGAUUCAUUGCAACAGACAUUUAAACCAAAUUUUUGCACCCCACUGUAUCUAAAAUGUAAAUGGUUAUGUACAGUUGUAACUAAGAGUUACCCCAAAGUACUGCGGAAAAGAACAUUGAUUCUGGAAUACAGAUUUCCAAUGUUCUAUUUACUGUGCGUUAACACAAAUCUUAUAUGUUUUCCUUUUAUAUACAUUCUCAUUGCAACUUUCAUAUUAGUAAUUUGCUUAAUAUUUAGAUGUAAUUCUUAAAAUAUUCUGUAGAACUGUAAAUGUAAAAUUAUUAGGAAGAAGGCGCUUAUUAUGUAAACAUAUAUUAAAUGUGAUAUAACUAUUCACUUUAAAUGAUGUUUCUGUAACAUUUGGAAGGACGACUUGUAGCAAUAAAAUAGAUUAUAAUGAAAAUGUGCAAUAUUUACAUUUUGAUUGGUCAUGGUUGUUAAAUCUGUUUGUGAAAUGGUUAUUAUGUAUGGCCCAUGUUCUGUACUGUAAAAACUACUUGCAUAUAAUGUAUAAUUACAAUGUUAUAAUUCAUUAUGUGUUGUUUUACUGCAUUGUGAGUCGUCAUGCAGAUUCAUAACUAUACUGCAUUUCGACAGCACUGCAACUCAUGAACUUGUUUAUACUGCAUUUUAUAUGGGUUAAAUAGUAAGUGCCACCAAAAUAAGUAUGAGUGUUUCAGUUUAUACAUGGGCAUUUUGGAUCAAGGUAUCAGGUUAAUUAAAAUGAAUGCAUGUCCAUAUUUGGGCACAUGAUUUCUAUGUAAUGCUGUGUGUCAGAUCCCAUUUUAUUUCACCCUAGAAGGGUUAUUUUUUUCCAGCUCAUUUUCAGUAUUUCUUUCACUGAGAACUCAUAUAUCUGUAGCAAAAAAGUCAAAGUUUGUGAGCUACUUCUUCAACCAUGUACCUUUCAAGGAAUGUUUACUAUAUUUACUUUCCAAUAAAGUAUUUAAGUACAAA